UUUCACAACUUGUUACAAUGGCUGCUCUCUACUCGGUCACCGUAAAGGACAUCAACGCUCACGACUUCAACCGCGCCUACGCCGCUUACCUUAAGCGCUCUGGCAAGCUCGAGAUCCCCAAGUGGGUCGAUCUCGUCAAGACCGGCACUAACAAGGAGUUGGCCCCCUAUGACCCUGAUUGGUUCUAUAUUCGUGCUGCCAGCGUUGCCCGCCACAUCUACCUUCGCCGUAGCGUUGGUGUUGGAGCUCUUAAGAAGCUUCACGGCGGUACGGUGAACCGCGGUUCCCGCCCUUCUCACCAUGUCAACUCUUCCGGCUCAGUUGCCCGCAAGGUCCUUCAGGCCUUGGAGAAGAUCAAUGUCUUGGAGGCCGAUGAGAACGGUGGCCGCAAGAUCACCGUUGAUGGUCAGCGUGAUUUGGAUCGUAUCGCUGCCUCUGUUUACCAAGCUCAGCAGUAAAAUAACGAUUUAUCAAACAAAGAAUAAAUCCAGAAUUACAAAAAAAAA